UAAUUCUAAUUGUUACGUUUUAAAGUGGCGCCAUCUCUUAGAUGACAUUUAGUGUUGUUGCAUGUUUUCUGCCUAUAACUUGAAAUUUAAUUUUGCCUCAAAAAUUGUCUUAAUCGGCAAAGAAAUAACCCCAAAACGAUUGUUAUAACCCUUAUUCUUUAACUUUAUCGUUUAAAAGUGUCACGAAAAAGUAAUUUCAUGGAUAAUAAGUUGGUUGGGACAUAAACUUACUUUUUUUUGAUGAAGAAAACGUCGAUUACGUUUAAGAAAGAUAUCCAACAUCAAAAUUUUCAACAUGUCGUUACCAUGGUGAUGUAUCAAUAAGCACCGACAUCUUUAAAAAAUCACUUGUUGCAUCAAAAGAACGUUUUAUAAUAAUUAUAUUAAACAAUUUUCGCAUUAAAUGAAGCUGAAAGAUUCGUUUUUAAGACAGAGUUAGAACUCCAACUUCAUUACGAUACAGUUUGUGGCGCCAUCUUUUAAUGCGGGUUAGAACUCCAACUUCAUUACGAUACAGUUUGUGGCGCCAUCUUUUAAUGCGGAGUUAAAAUCAUCGAUGAUGAUAUAGAUGUAAACCUUUUUAACCAAGCUGUUGAAGAAGAUAUGAGUGGAGCUAACGAAGAUGCCCCACAAAUCGUAGGAGUCAUCGAUGAGCGCCCCCCUGAGUUACGAAUCGACGAUUACCGUAAAAGUGAUAAAUGGAAACCCUUAGGGGCUAUAAUUGAGAUAAAAGAGGAAGAAAAAAGCGAAAACGAGCAAGAAAAUAACGAUCAAAGCCCAAUUAGACGUAAACGCAAUGAUAGUGACCAAGAUUUAUCCCCCCCAAGAAUUAAUGAUGAUUCAAGCCCCCCGAGACGAAAUCGUAACCGAGAUUUAUCCCCGAAACGUUCUCGAUCAAGAUGGGAUCGUAACGAAAAGACUUUGGAUGGAAAAAAAUCGGGGUUGCAAUCCGCCAAAGAAGUUAUGAAAGAAUUAGAAGACUUAAAACGAAGUGAAGAAGAAAAAUUUGGAAAAAUAUCGAAGGAAGUUUCUGGAGCAACUGCAAAAACUGUUUUUAGAGACCGAAAAACGGGUAAAGUUCGAAAUUUCGAAGAAGAAGCCACUGAAAAACGAAAAAAACAAGAAAAAGAAGACGAAAGGAACGAAAAGUACACAAGAUGGGGUCGGGGGUUAAAACAGGUCGAAGAUUAUCAAAAAAAAGUUAAUGAGGAUUUACACGAAAUGAGUAAACCGUUGGCUCGGUACGCCGAUGAUGAGGAUUUGGAGAGAUAUUUAAAGGAGCAAGAACGCGCUGGGGAUCCCAUGUUGGAGUAUUUGAGGAAGAAACGAAGAAAGGAUGACGGUGGAGGUAAUAAAGCGAGUAAACCGCUUUUUGAAGGGGAAUUUAUGCCGAAUCGGUAUGGAAUUCGUCCGGGGCAUCGUUGGGAUGGGGUCGAUCGUUCAAACGGGUAUGAAAAGAAAUGGAUCGGGAGAGUUAACGCGGAAUCUGCGCAACAAGAAGAGAUUUAUAAGUGGAGUACAGAAGAUAUGUAACGAUUAAAUAAUUAAUUAAUUAUGAUACUUUGUGGUAGUUUAAAUUUUAA